AUAGCGACGCGGCGCUGCAGUCGUCCGCUACAGUGCCGCUCGCUGUACACUUGCCACUCAGGCGACUGCCAGCGUCGCGACAACACGCGACGAUGCGCGGCGACCGCGCCGGCCGCGACACGCGCCACAAUAAAGAUCACGAUAACUUAAAGUCGUCCUUAAAAAAAGGAAGUAAGACAAAAAAGCACAGAGUUGUCUUCGAUGAGAGCGCCAAUGAAUUUUUCGAGGCCGAUUACAUUAUUGUGGUGCGGGACGAGUGUGGUUACUCUGAUGAAGGAGAAGGAGAAGAAUGCUCGGGAUGUGGAGCGUGCGAACGUUACCAAGAGCCGGAGCCGAGCGCGCUCAGUCCGCCAGAGGGGUACAAAGAUAUGGGGCUGUUCAACCGGGACGGCACCCUGCGGGAGCAGGCAUGGUGGGACGCCGGCGACGUGGUACUGGUGGGCGAGCGGUCCGGCACGGUGUUCACGCCGCAGCACCUGCAGCUGCUGCGUCGCCUGCAGCGCGAGCGAAUGCUGCGCUCCGCCAUCUGUGCUGACUGCGACGCGCACGCCGCGCUUCACCAGCCACUGGAAAUGGAGUAUGGUUACGAAGAAGAAGAGAUUAGCGACGGAGAUCGUGAGCUAAGGCCAGUGAUAAGGCGGACGGCCAAACACAUCGCGGCCGGCGAGGAGCGACCCAGGAUCAAUUCCAGCCAACAGACCACCCCCACCGAGGAUUGCCAACCGGAACUUUGUAUGGAAGAAACACAAACGGAAGUCACUUCUGCUCCUUUAACAAGCGAAGACAGCGACAUGGCUGAGGUUGAAGUUCGCCUGUCUGCUGAGAGCUCUCCGCUGCGCCAGCGCCGCGGCGGCAUUCUCAAGGGGGGGCGGCUGUGGAAGUCGCUGGACACUGAUAAGGAGACCACCGAUCAGAAUGAUGACCAGCGUUCCAACACCACGGCGAGCGACGAGGACGGAUCGGUGACCCCACGCUCAGUCCGGUUCGUGGAGAGGCCGAACGAAGCCGAACAGAAAGGCAAGGAGGAUCCUCAGUCGAGCCAGUCUUCCGACGUCGAAACAUCCACGCACAAGGAAUUCAGCACUUAUACUUCACACAGACUGGAAACACCGCUAAUCCUCACGAUCCAAGCCCCAAAGACCAAUUCAGCGGUCCAGCAGUUGUUCAACAGCGGACGGCCGCCUCCGCCCGCCAUCGAGCCCCAGCUCGUCACGUCAGAAACUUUACGAGCAUGGGAUGCGGGCGUGCGGCCCAAGACAGAGGAGGCAGCGGUGAGGCGGGUGGCGGAGCGGAACGCAUUGCGGUGCUCGCUUCUGCGGAGCGAGGCUAGAAAAAAGCAGAUACCAAAGGCAGAAACAACAUCCUUGGCCGAACGCAUCCGUCUACUCACGUGUGACGUGGAAGAUGAGCCAGAGGAGCACAGGUCGUCGCCCUCUGGGGUUCUGGACAAAUUCUCCAACAGCGAUAAGUCCAGCGACAAGUCCAGUGACAAGUCAUACAACAGUGUCGACAAAAACAGUGAGAAGGCUUUCGGGAGUGCAUCCUCCAGUUCUUCUUCGUCCACGAUUUCAGUCCCAGUACCCACACGCCAACAACCACCAGACUUAGGCGAUGUGCAUCAGGAACCACAAAAGCCAAAAUCAGAGCCACGAAGGCAGUUCCUGUCGACCCUGGCGCCGUUGACGGCUUGUGUGGGCAACACUGUGCAUCAUGAGGGCUUCUACUAUGUUCCUCCUGGAGACCGGACCUCGGCCGCGGUGGCCACCACCAUCGACCUCCAAGAACACAAUGAUGCCCCGGCGCCUGAUGUGCUGGCCGGGACUCCAGGUGCUGGUGAAGGCGAUGACGGGCUGGCGGCGUUCGCUCGAGCCACCGCGCCGCGCACCGAACGGCUCCGACAGCGGUACGGACAGGACUCGCAGCCAGUCAGCAGUGACGACGAGCAUGACGAUUAUGGCUUCCACCGGCGGCCAGCGGUGCGCGGCAUCGCUGUGAAGCAGCAGUUGGGAGCGUCGGACGAGCUUCUCCAACAGAUGCAGAACGAACUACAGCCAUCCUCUGCGACCGUGCAGCCCCCGGCACACUCCUGCCAGCGCACCAGCUCCAACUACUCCUGGCCUUACUACUCGGAGGCUAACCUCAAUUCCAGGCCUCAAAGUAGAGCCAGCGCUAACUCAAAUUGGUCCAAGUCUUCGGAUUACGUGACAGCCCGCCAGUGCAGUAGCACCCCCGUGCCACAGCCACACACUGACGCCUGCUAUGCGCACGCGCAGAGCAUGGCCACCUACGCACACUACCAGCAAAGGCAGUCGCAAGACAGCAUGUAUAGGAACUGUUCCCUUUAUGCUAAUGUUGGAUGUUCGGACAGUAGUCAAGAGCUGUACAGCUCGCAGACCAGCUCGGAGCAGACGUCGCCGGUGCGGAACGCGACCCGCUGCCGGAGACCGGAGUCCCCGCCCCCCAUACGAAGCCACCACCAGCUACUAUACGUGCCCUACAGCAACCACUACCAUUAUCAACACCACGACUACGGCGCGCAUUGGACCGCGAACGACUAUAGCCGCAUGCACACAUACUACCAAACACAGCAGACGCGCAGUGGGACCAGCACUCCGCAACCGGCGCCGGUGGCAGCGCAACCGCAGCGGGCGCACUAUCCCUUGCAAAUACAGACUCUCUGUCCAGCCCCCGCAAGGUACCGGCCAGUGCCGGCUCCACAACCAGGGGGCGGGAAACAGAUGAUAUGCUAUUCGGAAAAGGUGGCGGCCCCGUUGUACCAGCCAGCCCCGGGCUCGCCGUCGCGGGUCGCCCGAGGAGCCCCGGAGGGCGCCCCGGCGGGGGUCAGUGUUCCCGCAGCCACGUCUCCUAUGACGGCGCCCCCUAACCCCGUGUAUUAUGCUAUGAACGUCUGACGGGGGGACUAGGUGAAAAUCGUGGUUGGUCCCACAGGAGAGGUCCGUGUCAGCGUGCAGCCGCAAGCGACGCCCGUCCCUAGGGAACAAGCCUCAAGUGACCUAAAGAAACCUGCCUAGUCGCAGGCAUACCAUCCCAUGCUAGGUGCCCGUGAUAGUAUCUAUGAUUAUUUUCUAUGCGUUCAUCGGGGUUAAUAACCUGCCUAGUCUUAGCAAAGCAACGCCAAUUUCCGACGAUAUAUACCUGUUUGACAAUUUGAAUACCAAUCAUACAUGCAUAUAACGCCUGUUUCCCACGGGGAACUCCGGUGGACAACAGCCAAUUACAAUGAAAUCUCACUGUGCCACAUCACGUGACUACUCAUUGAAUUUGCCUUCGGUUAGACAACUUUAGCCUAUUUAUUGUUGCAAAAUACAUGUCAAGGUUUGUGCAAUUCUCAAUGUAUCUAGAAUUUUAGACCUCUAACUAAAUAUCUUUAUAUUUCUAUAAUAACAUCGUAUAAAUACCUUGAAUGUCUAACUAACUUCUAGAUGCUAUUUAUUGUUAUUACAACGAUUUAAAGUUUGCGAAUAUUUAGGUUACUUUGCCAGCGCGUGCAGCAACUUCUCUAUGAAAUUAAAUUAGAUAUAAACAGAGACAUUAUAAUAUAAAUUCUAAAAUAAGUGGUAGGUACGAGUGCCAUGUUCCAUUAGGAUCAACGCAUAGAAAGAUAUAUAUAUAUUUAUUUCGCUUUAUUAGGAUUUAGGUCAAACAAUAAAAAACAAUUAACAUAGGCCAGAAGACAGCUGGCAAAGCAUUGAUUAUUGAUUAAAUUUUUGGAUUAGGAUAUAAAAUAAAAUGGAAGUGAUUUGCGUCUGACAGCACUGGAGGUUUAACCACUAAUUUCGAGCAAUGAAUUUAUGCGUUGUAGUAAAAAUAUAUAUUGUUCGUUAAAAUUACGUUUCCUAUUAUUUUGGACGCAAUGUUUGUAAGCUUCUUGUUAUAAUUAAUCAUUUUGCGGUUGGGCUUUUUUUUAUUUAUUAUGAAGAAAGAUUUAAAUCGAUGCUUGUAAAAUUUAUUGUUUGUGGAUAUGGAGUAUGUUUUAUGUAAAUAAAUAAGUAUUUGCUUUUGGUGUCUCAGUAUAAUAAUAUACCUAUCGUAAUGUUUAUAAGACUAAUAAGACAACAAAAUCACUCAGGUCUUCGUUCGUUAAAUGUUUUGGUGAAGCUAAGAAUUUUAGGUUUUCCAGCGAUUGUGGUUUCCCAAUAGGUAUACCAUAAGUCACUAUAUUAUAAAGAAUCUAAGGUACAAAUCGAAUAUAAUGUUAAUAUUGAUAUUUGGUACUACUACCGGUGACGUAUUUUCUGUGUGAAUAAAAUAGCUCAUUUAGGCCCAAGGAGCGAUACAGAAUGAUAGCUUUAAUUUUUUUUACAUUUUACAGUUCCGAAAGACCUACCUAGCGAAAUUGUACAGAUUUUAUCUCUAGAAUUACGUUUAUUUUUUUCAUUACUACCUCAAUUCUCUUGUAAAGAUACGUCACCUGGUAAUAUUUUGAGUAUUAUACAGAAUUGUCAUUAAUUAAUAAAAGUUUCUUACACUUAAGUAGCACCCGAAUUAUGGGUACAUAAGUUGUAAUUGAAAGUAAGUUAAUAGCUAUUGUUGAAUAUACUAACGUAUUAAAUACCCCAGUUUGUCAAAAAUAUAACUGGGUACGGUAUACAUAUAAAAAAAGACUUUGUUGAUAAUAUUAUAAGAUGACAAAGUGUUUUGUCGUAGGUGACAAUUUGGGUCGUAUUUUUAUACACAUAAUAAGCUCCCUGUUCCGUAUGUCGUUAUCCCCUCCAGAAAAAAAUUGUAGGUUUGCAAAUACAUUGAAUUUCUUCUCGAAUUAUCUGUGUUUGGAAGAUACUAUUACAAUUAGAUUAAUUGUUAUACAUAACCAUAUCUGUGAAUAAAUAAACAUACUUCUCGCAAGCGCAUGAAAGUAUUUAAGUACAUAUACUUACUUAUACUAUCAUUAAGGUAGUAUAUGUUACUUGCGUGGCUCAACAACGUUACGAAUUUGUUUAGCUACACUAGACCUUAUGUCUGAUCUUGUAUAACUCACUCUAAUAAGUUAAAGUUUUGGAAUUGAGCGGUCUACUGACACAAAAUUUUAUUUUAUGUUGUACAUUGAUAUUCAUUAUUUUCUUUUCAAAUUGUAAUAUAUAUAUUUCAUUGGCAUAAGUCUGCGAUAUUAUUCCGAAUAAUAGUGCCAAAAUUUAAGUAUUAAGUACGACUAAGAAAUGUAGAGUUGUCUUGUUGCAGUAGAGGUUAUACUUAGUACUUUCCUAAGCCGGCCUAUAUUCCGUACUACUACGCGCUACGUACUUGUUGAAAUUCACGCACUAUUAUUCCGUUAAUAUAAUUUAUAAAGUUACAUGCGUGUUCAAAACGGGAAAGUUUAAAAAACACUAUUGAUUAUUUCUGAUUGGAAAUAUCCCAGUGGGAUACAUUAGGGUUACAGGGACACCACGAUUUUCAAUAUUGUAAUUCCAAUAGUUACACUUGCUUAAGUUUUUUUCUUGUGGCGUUCAUAUUUAUUAAGACUGUUAUAUUUACUAAGGUGUUUGUAGUAAAUAUCGUUUUCGCAUUUUUCACGAAAAUUUGCCUGAAUCUUGGUAGAAGUAGAUAAAGUAAAUUCGGGUUAGAUAAUAACAAGAUGAUUGCAAUCCAAAGUGCCUCUAUAGGCAAUUUAUUUUAGGAAAACGAAAAUAACAAACUAACCGCACAACUGUAAGACCAAACGGGAGACCAAACUUCAAACAUCAUUCCAAAGAUAUGAACUAUUUUUAAUGACAACCUUACUCGUAUUCGAAUAGUGUCGGGAGAUGCCACAAUUGUUAGUAGAUGUAAAUAAUUAUAUUUGUAUCUACCUACUAAGUAGAUAAAAUUGUAUUAAUAUUGUAUUUAAAAAAAAUGGUGUCAAGCUUAAUACGAUAGUCAUAAUAUCAUAAUUUAAUAGGGGAAUGCUGUACUUGGGUAUAUAAUCUGACUACCUGGAUUUAUUUAUAAGUAAGCUCUAUCCAACAUGUGAAAUAUAAUACAAUUUUUAACGCUAACCUGAUCGAUAACAAAUAGGCUAUCAGAUACUUAUCACCAAGUGGUGCAACAGGCAAAGACUUUCUAAUUUUAUCGAGAAGUUUAAUCAUCGUAAGUUAAUGACAAAUUGAACUGAGUGUGAACUGAGCUAUGUAGUCCAUUGUAACUUAUAUUACACAGCAACUGCCAUUAUGACACACAUUAGAUUCCAUUUCCUUUAUCUAUGGAUUAGGUAUAUAGUCAGUACAUAUACGAAACCAUCACUUUUUUUAAAUUUAAGUUUAUACUCGUAUACAUAAGUCGAAUUUUUUUUAUGUUUCGAAUUAGAUUUUGUUUUAAUAAUAAUUGCUUCUUUAUUUUCCUUCGAAACAAUCAGCGAGUUAUAUUGUUUACAUAUUUUAGCGAGUUAUAUUGUUUUGAUGGUAAGUUUAAACUAGGUAGGUACCUAGUUUAAAUUACCACUUCAAAGACUUCAUUUAAAUUAGGUAAGUAGGUACAUAGGUAUGUACCUAUAAAUUAUAGCUAUCAAAUAAAUAAUUUUAUUAGAAAAUAAGCACGAAUAGGUAUAUUCGUAUUGUUAUUAGAAGGUUAACAUCCGAUGCCUUACAAAAUCUCUGGGUAGGUACAAUACGAUAUAACAGGUAUAUUUCGUAUUGCGUUGUAUGAGUAGAAAUGAAUAUCAAUGUUUUUUAUCUAAUUUUAUGUCAAGAUUUAAUUUUGAUAAGUAGGUAGAUGACUUUAUUAUUUUUAGUUCUUUUUUAUCUUAAUAAAUAAAUCCACCAUGCCCUUGACAAGCAUAUUGAUUUAAGUAAUUGUAUUUCAUUACAUAUGUAAGAAUAAAAAUAUUGAUAUAUCAUUACUACUUACAUAGUUAGGAGUUUUGGUAAAAGUGGGAAUUAUUCCAUAUAAAUUUGUUCAGUGGAUAAGAGCCUUGCUACGAUGGUUGUUUGUAAGCUAAGUCUAUUCUCCAUUUUAUAAAAAGCCAUUUGGGUAUUUUAGCUUUCAUUGUUAGUACAAUAACAUAAUAUUAAUGGAUUCAAUUUAAAGAUACGACUUACCUAAGUGUUUUUCUCUAUAUAUAUAUGAUUACCUAACGAGCUACGAAUUGUAUGAAUCUCUUUGUAUGCAAUGUUGUCCAGUUAUAUACAAAUACCUAGGUACAUACUUUCCUAAUUGUUACCAGGGGUCAAUCAUUAUUAGGUAAGGUACUAUUACUUCUAGAUCUUACUGGAGAAUGAGAAGAUUCGCGCUCUUGUUAUUUAUCAGGUUCAAUGCCGGGUCUCAAUCACAUUUGAUUGUAACAACUAUAUAGUUGUUACAAUCAAAUGUGAUUGAGACCUUAAGUAUAGGUCAUAUGACCUAUACUUAAUUUAAAUAAUAAUAACUGUGUUGCCGUAAGUAUUAUGUAAAUAAAAUUUAAGACACUUAGAUAAAAUUUUUGAUGACACCACAUGCACGGGAAACAUGUGAAUAAAAUAUUGUUAGCACCUAAGACAUCUCUAUUUACAGGACAGUAUUAAAUGUACUCUUUGAGAGUAGAUUUUCGUUAAUUAUCGGUAUAUAUUCCGUAUUUGUACAUACUUAGCAUUGCAUAAAAAACAUUAGAAAAAAAUUCGAAAGUAUUGCAUUCUAAAACGUUGAUUUUAUUCUAAUUUCUUUUCAGACGAUUUUUAGGAAGUUUUAAACUUUUUAGGAGGUUUAAAACUUCCUAAAAAGUCAUGCUAUUACUUACUUUAUAUAACUUGUUAUAUAUAUAUAUAUGUAUAUAUAUAUACAAAUAACAUCAUGAAAUUGUAGGUAAGGGCCAUCUUAUCUGAACAUAUUUCGAGACUAUAUAACAUUUAUAUUUUUAAAUUUAAUAUUAGAUACCUACAAAAUAGAAUCUCGUUAAACUUUAUUAUAAGUAGGCAUUUUAAUACAUCGAUAUAUAAUUAAAUAGAUCUCAUAAUGUAUCUAGAAAUAUCUAUAAAACUAAGUGAGAAUGUAUUACUAAUUUUAAAUGUCUCAUCUCAUGAUAAGACAUAGUAUAAUUAUUUUUAAGUUUGUUGUUUGUUUGUGAUCGUAAAAAAGUUAUAGUUAUAGCGUUAAAUUAUUAUUUGAUUUUAUAGUGAUUCUUCUUAACGCAUUAUGUAUGCUUUAUGAUAUUUUUGUUAAUACUUAUAGUUACAGAUAUAACUUAGGUAUAUUAUUAGUUACACAUUGUAAAUUAUAGUGUCUGCUAGUUGUCAAGUUUUGUUUUAAAGAAAAAUAUUUUUUUAAAUUUACGUAACUAACGAAAGGAAACCAAAGAAUAUAUACAUGUUGCAGCCUCUUUCAUUAUAGUUUUAACUUUGACGGCGUCAGCAACAGCAACAAUAACACCGAAACUGCAUUUUUAUAACCAAAAUAUUUUAAUUUUUAUAGAAAGACUUUCGUCGUCAACAUCUAGUCCUAAGAGCCGCGCGGAUUCGAACCAACGACAAAGAAGCCGCAACAUACUACGUUACUUAAAAGUUCAAAUACUGUUUUGUUAUGUUAAAUUACGAAGCAUUUAUUUAUUAUCUUGUAUUCAAUUUGUGAUCACUUAAAUUGUUGUUUACAAUAGCGAUAGGGAAGGAUACUUCACGUAUUUAUUUUAUGUUAUAGGUAUGGAAUACCAGAGGAAAUUUGAAAAAUUGAAAAAUGUUCUUAUAAGUAUUUAUUAGGCAAACAAUAGGAUAAUUGAAUUUUAAAAAUCAGAUGUAUUAUGAGUGUUAGGGCAAGAUAUCGCCAAAAUGUUUCAAGUUACCCAUGUACAAACAUAUUUGUAGAUCGGUAAACAAAUAAAAGACUACUAAAAAACAUUUUUUUUUGCAAAGGUGUCGAUGAUGUUCCUGUUCCUAGUCUUUAUGCCUUGUUUCGUACUUACGGAUA